AUGCAAACUUUCCUUCUCUUUUUCUUUCUCUUUUCCUUUUCUCUUUUCCUUUUCUCUUUUUUAUUUUUAUUUUUCCACUUCUUGUUUCUUCUCUCUUCUCUUUUUUUCAUUUUAUCUUUUAUUUUCAUUUCUCUUUGUUUUCUCUUUCUUCUUAUCCUCUUUCUCUUUUUCCUUUUCUCUUUUUCUUUUCCUCUUUGUUUCCUCUCACUACUUCUCUCUCUCUUUUUCCUUUUCUCUCUUUCUUUUAUUUCCACUUCUCUUUGCCUCCUCUCUAUUCUCCUUCUCUCUCUCUUUUUCCUUUUCUCUCUUUCUUUUAUUUCCACUUCUCUUUGCAUCCUCUCUAUUCUCCUUCUCUCUCUCUUUUUCCUUUUCUCUCUUUCUUUUAUUUCCACUUCUCUUUGCUUCCUCUCUAUUCUCCUUCUCUUUCUCUUUUUCCUUUUUCUCUUUCUUUUAUUUCCACUUUCUUUGCUUCUCUCUAUUCUCCUUCUCUCUUUUUCCUUUUCUCUCUUUCUUUUAUUUCCACUUCUCUUUGCUUCCUCUCUAUUCUCCUUCUCUCUCUCUUUUUCCUUUUCUCUCUUUCUUUUAUUUCCACUUCUCUUUGCUUCCUCUCUAUUCUCCUUCUCUCUCUCUUUUUCCUUUUCUCUCUUUCUUUUAUUUUUUCUCUUUCUUCCUCUCUAUUCUCCUUCUCUCUCUCUCUUUUUUCUUCUCUCUUUUUUUUUCCUUCUCUUUGCUUCUCUCUAUUUUCCUUUUCUCUCUUUCUUUUAUUUUCACUUCUCUUUGCUUCCUCUCGCUUUUCUUCUUUUUUUUUUUUAA